AUGCCCAUCUGCAGUCGCAAACGCGACCUAGCCUAUCUCCUGUUCUUCGUCACUCAUAUUCCAAUCAUCUUCUUAAUUGACACCGUCCCCCUUCAACCAGCCUUCCUGCAGACCAACCUCUCCCAUCAACUCCGCGAAUUCUAUAUCGCAACCUACCACGACAAGUUCUUCGAGGACCCCGCGCCAACAUGGUUCACCGUCUUCAUCUGGAUGGAGCUGCUCUACCAUGUUCCCGCCUCCAUCUGGGCCAUCCGGGGCCUGCGUAAAGACCAUCCCCUCAUCCCUGUGCAUUUGCUCGUCUUCGGAAUCCAAGCUUUCCUCACCUCGCUGACAUGUCUGGUGGACGUAUGGAGCUGGUCCGAUCGCUCCGUCGCCCAAAAACAGCAAAUCACCAUGCUGUAUGCUCCCUACGUGGCGCUGGGCGGCCUGAUGGCCCUAGACAUGGUCUUCCGUCUCCGCGACAAACUCAUGCCGAAAAGCAAGCGGGAGUAA